AUGGCUGUUGAUCUAGGAUCGCUCGGUCAGCAGAGCACAGCUUCUGCGCUCCUAAUAGGCGUGGGUGCGCUCACUGUUGGGUCCAUUGUCUUCACGACAUUGAGAGUGCUGCUGAGCACAUUCGUUCUACCCGGUCAUUCUCUAUCAAAAUAUGGGCCGAAGGGGUCAUGGGCAGUGGUAACAGGCGCGUCUGACGGGCUAGGAAAGGAAUAUGCCCUCCAAUUGUCGAGAAAAGGCUUCAACCUGAUCCUCGUGUCUCGGACUGCCUCGAAACUUGAGGCCCUUUCCUCACAGAUCAAAUCGUCAUCCCCAAACGUCGCCGUUGAAACGCUUGCUAUGGAUUUCUCCCAAAACCUAGACUCCGACUACGCCGCGUUGGCUACUCUCGUCCAGGGAAAACAGAUCGCGAUACUGAUCAACAACGUGGGUCAAAGUCACAGCAUGCCUGUUCCUUUCGCAGAAACUCCUCUGCCCGAGAUGUCGAAUAUCAUCAACAUCAAUUGCAUGGGGACUCUACGAGCUACACAGACUGUUCUACCAAGCAUGCUACCCAACAAAAGAGGGCUUAUCCUGACAAUGGGUUCUUUUGGUGGCCUGACACCGACGCCUUUGUUGGCAACAUACUCUGGCUCCAAGGCGUUCUUGCAGCAGUGGUCAAAUGCCCUCGCAGCAGAGCUCUCUUCGACUGAAAUUGAGGUGUUCUUCGUGCAUUCAUACCUUGUCACGUCUGCAAUGUCCAAAGUCCGGCGAGCAAAUUGGUUGAUUCCGUCGGAGAAGACGUUCGUGCGCUCCGCGCUGUCAAAGAUUGGGCGAAGAGGAGGAAGCGUGGGAUAUCCGUACAGUGGCACUCCGUAUUGGAGCCAUGCCCUUUUGGCAGCCGUCAUUACCGGGAUAUUGGGUCCCAUGAACACCAUCGUCCUAAGCGUCAAUAAAAGGAUGCAUGAGGACAUCAGAAAGAGAGCUCUUAGGAAAGCCCAGCGAGAUGCACAGAAGGGAAAGAAGGACACAUAG